GCCUCGCUCGCAGUCACGGGUAAUCCAUUUUAGUUACAGCUGCUGCAGAGAGUGCUGUACACCUGUGGCUCUUCGCGAUGAUCUUCUCUCACGCAAGGAAUUGUUACGUUUGAUUGCUAGGCAAAAUCUGGGGCAGCAUACAUGUUCGCUCACGCGAUGAACAUUGUGUUGGGGCAGAAGGAAGAAAGACAGUUCCUGAGUGGAUUGCAAUUGAGGAGGCAAAGAUUUUGAAAGAAUACUACUGAAAUUGCAGGCAGCGAGUGCGUUGGGUGGUGUCACAGUCACUGCUCACUCAGUGCCGGCACGGCAGUGGUCCCUUUGUAUGGCCCCCGACAGCCCCACUUUCUCUCCAUCCGACCUCAAGGAUGGCAACCGUCAACCCAAGGGCAGAGUGGCCAGGCAGACUUCUGGGUCAUCCUCCUUGAGUCAUUUGAAGGGUGAGGUGUUGUGCCCCAGAACUUUUGAUUGAUGGGUGAAUUGGUUGGACCUCGCCUGUAUAGCUGCUAUAAAUGCAAGAAUCAUGUUUCGCUUCAUGAUGAUAUAAUUUCCAAGGAGUUUCAGGGAAGAAAUGGGCGAGCCUUUUUGUUCUCUCAUGUGAUGAACAUUGUUUUGGGAGUUAAAGAAGACAGACAGCUCAUGACUGGUCUACACACAGUUGCCGACAUACAUUGUGGUGAUUGUCACGAGCUAUUAGGGUGGAAGUAUGAGCGAGCUUACGACUCAACACAGAAGUACAAGGAGGGAAAGUUCAUUCUGGAGAAGUCUAAAAUUGUAAAAGAGAAUUGGUAGCACCGUAAGAUGAUCUUGCUUAGUUUUAUUUUCAACGCCAAAAGGAAUUGUUGAUUCUUUGAGAUGUUGAAGAAAAGUUCAGAAGUUGAUACUUGUCAGCAUCUGAAUCUGAGAAUUGCUACUUCUUUUGUGUCUUGGAAUUCAUUGAACAUGUAAUACCCUUGUCUCAAAAGCCUAUAUUUGUUGUUUCAGAUCUCUUGCUUAAUACUUACCCUCGUAUUGCAUUACUGUAUCUGUGAAAUUUGAACUGUAAUGACCACCCCAAAGUUCUGGAAGCAUUUACGGGUAAUAUGAUGCUAUGUGAGGGGUUGGUGUUGCCGGUAUUUGUAGAGUUCUCAUUCAUGCUUGUAUCAAUUCUAAUCAAUGUCAGCCAGCUUAUAUGCACAUUGCAGCCUAAAA